AUGGCAGCUCAGGUGAACCGCACAUCGUGGGCUCCGGAGAAGGACGCCUUUGACGUCACUUCGCUUCCCACGGCGACUGGAGUGGGCGCAGCGCUCACAUCUUCCCCGCACAAGCGCAGCGCGGGUGGAUUGGGCGAAUUGUGGGCUGACAAGCGCGAGCGUAUUCGACACUCAUCACCGUAUGGAAAUCUGCCUGGAUGGGGGCUAAAGCCCAUCAUCAUAAAGGCCGGCGAUAAUUGCAGGCAAGAAUUACUGGCGCUGCAACUCGUUCGUACGUUUGCAGAAAUCUAUCGCACCGCCGGUGUUCGAUGCUGGAUUCGAGACUUUGACAUCUUGACCACGAACACGCACAGUGCGUUGAUUGAAGCGGUGACGGAUGCGCCGAGCGUGCACGCGUUGAAGUCGCGAUCGCAACGCGGCACGACGCUGCGCGAACACUUUGAGCGAAAGUUUGGUGUUGGUACGCCAGAAUUCCGCAAGGCGCAGAAUAACUUCGUCGAAUCACUGGCGGGAUAUUCCAUCCUUACCUACUUGUUGCAAGUAAAGGAUCGUCACAACGGCAAUAUUUUGCUGCACGACGAUGGACACUUGAUACACAUCGACUUCAAUUUCAUGCUCUCCACGUCUCCCGGCGGCAUAAACUUUGAAUCGAGCCCGUUCAAGCUCACGAAAGAAUACUUGGAAGUCAUGGACAGCGAUGUUGAAGGCAGCCGUUCGGACGCGUUCGACGCGUACAAGGCUCUGUGCAUCCAGGGCUACCUCGCCGUUCGCGAACACGCCGAGCGCAUCGUAUUGCUCGUCGAAAUGAUGGGCGCCAGCGGUUGUCCGUGCUUCAACGCCGGACCGAAGGUCAUCAAGCAACUCCGAAGACGCUUCAACCUCGCUUUAAGCGAAGAACAGUGUGUGGAAACGGUACUGGGCAUGAUUUCAGACUCCAUCGACGCCUGGAGCACGCGUCAGUACGACUUUUACCAACGCAUUCUGAACGGCAUCCUUUAA